UCACCCUCAGAUGUAUCUCCUGACAGUAAUGUGGCUCUGGAUGCGUCACUAACCAUAGAAGGAAACCGUCUCUGUUCCCAAAAAUACAAAUCCCCUCUGCAAGUGGUGCCAUCGGUUUCUGAAUCAGCAAAGCCAAAAGGUGAAAGCCCCAGUGUGUGACUCCUUCCUUUUUUGCCUCACGGAUAGUUCUGUCACGUCCCAACACUGAUAAAGAGGAAAUGAUCUUUGGUGGUGCGUUGACGACACACAGACUAGGCUAUAUAAGCAAAGUGCUUGCAGCUCCCCGCCGCCAUUAGACUUCAGUUUUCUGACCUUCAGCAUGGAGGAGAUCUACGUCAGGCAUGUGGAGCUGCUCGGCUUCGAGAAACGCUUCUUUCCAAGUCAGCACUACGUGUACAGGCUGAUGGUGAAAUGGAGCGACGAGUCAGAGAAGCUGAUUUACAGGACGUACCCUGAGAUCCACACAUUUCAUAAAUCUCUAAAGGAGAUGUUUCCCAUCGAGGCUGGACAGAUAGACAAGAGGGAUAGAAAAAUCCCAUCACUACCAGCUCCACGGUGGGUGGACAGCCAGAAGUCGAGAGAAAACAGGAAGACCACCCUGGCUGAGUAUUGCCAGUCGCUCAUCGACCUGCCAGCUCACAUCUCCCGCUGCAAACAUCUGUCCAGCUUCUUCAAGGUCCGACCCGAAGAUGAAAACCCGCCCGCACCAAAUACAAUGAAAAGAGAUGAGAUGUUUGUGGAGUCCAGGGAGAUCGCACGAGGCAACGUAUCUGAGAUUUCUGGCCCCAUCAUCCUGGACACCUACAGAGUGAUCGCAGACUUUGAAAAGACGUCCAAACAUGAGAUCAACCUGCACACCGGAGACUUCGUAGAAAUAGUGGAGAAAAAUGAGAACGGUUGGUGGUUCUGUCAGUGUGAAUCCAAACGAGGAUGGGUUCCUGCCUCCUACCUGGAGCCCCUUGAUGGACCGGAGGAGGCUGAGGAACCUGAACCGGACUAUGAAGGAGAGAUGCACGUCACCACCCAAGCAUACGAGGCGGAGCAGGAGGAUGAGAUCUCCCUGGAGGUGGGACAGACCGUAGAGGUCAUUCACAAACUGCUGGACGGGUGGUGGGUCGUCAGGAAAGGAGAACAGACUGGUCACUAUCCCUCCAUGUUCCUGCAGAAGUCUGACAAGAAAAAUGAAACUGGCAGGACAAACGUGCGAGGACAGAAACCUCCACCGCGCAGGUCCACCAUCAGAAAUGCCAAAAGCAUUCACAGCAAAUCCCGGCAGAAGCUCAGCCAGGAAGCCUACCGCAGGAACAGUCGGCGUUACCUGCAGCAGAAAGGCGUCGCAGCUCCACAACGAAACUCUGCAAAGCUGCCACUGAGGGAGAGGAAAAAUGAGGACAACAUUCCCGAGGUGUCUGAAUCCAGCUCAGAGAGCGAGCCGAAGAAGGAAGCUCCGGUCAUCCCGCCGCGGCCAAGUCCUGAGCUCAUCCUGGAGCGCUGCACCGACAACACCCGGAAGAAAAUGAGCAUUAAUAAGUCCCGCUCUGACUCCUCCAGCUAGCAUCAGGAUCAUCCAGGGAGGAGACGUUUCUAUUCGGUGGUGGAAGACAGAUUCUCUCUCCUUACUGAGUUCUCCCAUGGCCUUAUCCUAAUUCCAACUGGCCUAAAUAUAUAUUUUAGGAUGCGUCAGUUAAUUAGGCCUCCUCUCGUUGUGACACAGACACAAGCGCUGUCUUUUCAGUUUUACUCUCAACUGGCUUCAUCUGUAUUUGCUUUUAUUAGGGGCUAAAAGAAACAAGGCUAAGAAAACACGUGGGCCAGUCAAUGUUACUUCACCUUGUCUGUAUGUGUGCUGUGGUUUUAUUUAUUUGCUCAAUAAAUAUCUAAAACAACGAAA